GCGGGGCAGGCUUGGAGCGCGCGCCGCUGUCUAGUGCGCGCCGCCGCCCGGGCCCGCCCGCCCCCUGCAGCCUGUGCGCUCUGCAGCUGCUGGCCGCCGGGGGCGGGGGCGCCGGGGGCGGGGGUGGGGGCGCGCCGGGCGGCGUCAACCUGUUGUUUGUCCCGUUUGCGGCAGGAAGCGCGGCGGCCAGGCCCGCAUCACCCGCGCGGCCGAGCGGCGCCUGCAGGAAGUUUGCGGCGCGCGCGGCCACUUGUGCAGAAGCGGGCCAGCGCGGCGGCGUCCCGGGAGCGGAUCCGGCUUCUUCUCCUCGCAGCGGCGCGGUCCCCCGGCGGCGGUCCCCAAUGCACCGGCUCGUCCUCGUGUGCGCUCUGGUGUGCGCCAACUUUUGCAGCGCUCGGGACACGUCGGCCGCCCCGCAGGGCGCAUCCCUCCGAGCCUUGCGCCACGCCAACCUCCGGCGGCAUGAGAGCAAUCACCUCACAGACUUGUACCGGAGGGAUGAGACCAUCGAGGUGACAGGCACCGGCCACCUGCAGAGCCCGCGUUUCCCCAGCAGCUACCCCCGGAACCUGCUGCUCACCUGGCGGCUCCGUUCCCAGGACCAGACACGCAUCCAGUUGGCCUUCGACAACCAGUUUGGGCUGGAGGAGGCGGAGAAUGAGAUCUGUAGGUAUGAUUUUGUGGAAGUUGAAGAUGUGUCCGAAACCAGUACAGUCCUCAGAGGUCGAUGGUGCGGGCACAAGGAAGUGCCCCCAAGGAUAACAUCAAGAACAAACCAGAUUAAAAUCACCUUUAAGUCCGAUGACUACUUUGUGGCUAAACCUGGCUUCAAGAUUUAUUAUUCUUUCGUGGAAGAUUUCCAACCCGCAGCAGCCUCAGAGACCAACUGGGAGUCAGUCACAAGCUCUAUCUCAGGGGUGUCCUAUCACUCUCCAUCAGUAACGGACCCCACACUCACUGCGGACGCUCUGGACAAAACCGUCGCACAAUUCGAUACGGUGGAAGAUCUGCUCAAGCACUUCAAUCCAGAAUCCUGGCAAGAAGAUCUUGAGAAUUUGUAUUUGGACACACCUCACUUUCGUGGCCGAUCCUACCAUGACAGGAAGUCAAAAGUUGACCUGGACAGGCUCAAUGACGACGUCAAGCGUUACAGUUGCACCCCCAGGAACUUCUCGGUCAACCUGCGCGAGGAGCUGCGGCUGAGCAACGCCGUUUUCUUCCCUCGCUGCCUCCUGGUGCAGCGCUGCGGCGGCAACUGCGGCUGCGGCACGGUCAACUGGAGGUCCUGCACCUGCAACUCGGGGAAGACGGUGAGAAAGUACCACGAGGUAUUGAAGUUUGAGCCUGGCCAUUUCAAGAGGCGGGGUAGAAGCAACAAGCACAUGGCCCUUGUGGACAUCCAGCUGGAGCACCACGAGCGGUGCGAUUGUAUCUGCAGCUCAAGACCACCUCGAUAAAAGAAUGUGCCUGUGUCAUUCGAAGCACAAAAGAACCUUGAGUUUCAGGAGGGGGGGCAGGGUUAAGAAACACUCUUCCCAGCAGCUACUGAACUUAACUGCUAGCUGCAGAGCGAUGAAAUCAAGUGGUUGCCGAGUCUCAACUUAGCUUUGUUAGUGCCGUGGCAGUACAAAGGCAUCUCAUCAACUUCUGUAUCCAAGAGUAUAGGAUUGCAUUUAAUAAUCGUGGUUGAGGAUGUGUGUAUGUACCUAUACAUACCCAUAUAUAUAUAUAUAUAUAUACCCAUGUCACUAUGUAAAUAGAUCGAAUGAUUUAUUCUGUGUAUAUCACCAGAGCCUUCAUGUGCUUGUGUUAUUUAGACCCUUAUAAUCUUUUCACAAAAAUAAGGAAGGCAUUAAAUCCAUUAAACUCAACUUCAGAAUAUUUAAACCAGGAAUAUGCUUUAUGUUUUACUUUAAAUCACAGCAUAAUUUUUGGAUCUUACUCUUUCACAUAAGGUACCUUGCAUAUUAAAAUGAAACAGUUGAGAUUUUGUUAUGUAUACAUCUUAAUUGAUUUUUUAAAAGGGGAAACUAGACUUUCUAAGACAAAACAUAAGCCUCGCCAUCUCCCCAUGAGAUGCUCUACAUACUUAAUGUAGAUAAUAAUGUCAUAAUAAGACAGGUGCUUCGGAAAUAUUUUCAGAGACAGUGGCAAAAUUUUCAGUUGUUUUCUUUCCAAGAACCCCUCCACAAAAUAAAUCCUCUGGAGAAUGGCUUGGGACCCUGUAUAAGCCUUUCAAAAUGGAAUCAUUGAAAGAUUUGGGCAGUUGAAAACCAAAGAAAGUGAACAUUGAAGUCCUCACGUGACUAGAAAUCAGAUGGAGCAGUUGAUAGAAUCCAGACUUAACAAUGAAAUCGAACUGUGUCCAUUGUCUGGCACCUUGCCUUCAGUCCCUGCCUCUCUGGCACACGAGCAUGGAGUUACAGUGGCAUUUUAUAUUUAUUUGACUACCCAUCACGGAUUAUUUUGAGUCUAAGGCUUGUGUGUAUUGGAACAGUCCCGUCUCAGUGAUGGAAAUCCCUUCUCAAGUGCUCACUAGCAUUUCUGGAGCUGAGUGACAUCAGAGCUGGGUGUCUGUCUGCCUCCUCCCAGUUCUGGGCAGCUGACUCUGAGAAGAUGCACAGCUCAUUGUGCAAACAUUUUGGCCCUGCCCUCCCAUUAGGAAACUGUUUUUGCACUGGUGGUUAUUAUUGGUGUUUAAGUAAUUUUUCCUCUCUGGCUCCUGCAAGUCCCAUAUAAAGGAGACUGACUCCAGGACCAGGAAGUGAUUCAUCACAUGCCAACGCAAGUCCCUUUGGGGGCUGCCCUGGAAUCAGCAGCGCUCACGGGCGACUGGAAAGAACUACAGUUUUCUUCCUGCUUUGAAAUCCAAAGUAAGAGCUGAUUUCUUCUUGAGUCUAGGGUCCUGCCGAUGGCCUUCAGGGUGGGUGCAGGGAAAGAAAAAGGCUUGUGAAGUCCUGAUGUCAAAUCAGUGACUGCUGUACUCGGUCGGUGCCCUCAAGACCAAAUGCCCCAUUGACUUUCAUGUCUCAUUUAUUCACAGCGUUUGAGAUGAAAAGGCAGUUCCUAUUGGAGAGGUUCCUUCAAAGCAUCCCUUACAAAGUUUCCGGUGUUUUUGCUUCAGGGAGUGAGUGGUAAAAUUAAACACUGAUUUGGUGGUUCAGAAUCUCAAAGCACAGCCAGAAUUAGCUGAAGCAAAUCCUCAAGCCCCAGCAAGUGUUCUUCCCCUUCGUGGCCACUUGCUUGUUUCCUAUGAAAACAUCAGCUGCCGGAUCAAAACCAAAAUGUGUGUUACAUUACUCUAGCCUGUUGGACUCACAUCCGUAGUUCUAAAUAUGAAAAAUUAAAGUGUUCUACCCAAUUUUCAAUAAAGCUUCCUGGCUGUAAUAACCAGGAUGCUCUUCAGUUAACA